AUGACCAACGAUAUCAUCCCCGUCAUCCUCUGGUGUGUUCCGCGCUCCGUCUCGACGGCUACGGAACGCGCCUUCAUGGGCAAGGAGGGAUGUCGAUGCUGGCAUGAACCUCUUGGCGACCCUUUCUACUUCAGCUCCAAGCGACAGAGCUUGCGCUACUCCGAGGAGGAGUGCAAGGCCUCGGGCAAUUGGGACAAGGACAUCGUUGAUGUGAUGCAGACACUCCUCGAUCCCGAAGCCAACAAUGUUGGUACGGACAAGAAGGGGCCGGUCAAGUAUGUCUUUGUCAAGGACAUGGCGCAGUACAUCAUCCCUCGCCAGACACUCGAGAAAAUUCACAAAGGACAGGGCUCCCAAUGCUACCGCACUGACGGCGAGACCUGCGGUACCUCGCGCUGCACUGGUGUGGACAGCGAGGGUGAAAUCAUCGAAAACCCCACAGUGAUCCCUACAGCUCUGAUGCGCCGCUUCAAGCACACAUUCCUCGUGCGCACGCCCACCAAGGCGGUCCCAUCCUACUACAAGUGCUGCCAGGACAAGAUGGCCGGCUUUGAGUUCUUCGACGGGGCAGAGGCUGGCUUCGAGGAGCUCCGCAUCCUCUACAAGUGGAUCAGCAACCCUCGAUCCACCUUCAACACCGACAAGGAGGAUGGUCCCGGUGCCGUCUCCUUCCCCGGCAAGGCUCAGAAGCAACCCCUUCCCCCACCACUGAUCGACGCUUCCGUUCUCCUUGCCAACCCGGCCUCGACAAUCAAGCACAUCUGCGACCAGACGGGCAUUCCCUUUGAUCCGGCUAUGCUUUCUUGGGACGCUAAGCCUCAAGCUGAGUUCGCCAAGUGGGGCGCUUACCACCAGGGUGCGGAGAACUCUACCGGAUUCAAGUGCGAGGACGACGGCGCGGCGAAGACGAAUGGAGAAGAGGCAAAGAUCGCUAAGUUGCCGCAAGAGGUAAGGAACACGAUUGAAAGGAAUAUGGAGCCUUACGAGUGGUUGGUCAAGAGGCAGACGACUUUCGCUUGA